UAUACAAUGUCGAUAAUGCAGAUCAUAACCAAACAUAGUAAUAACCUCCAUUGGAGUUCGCUUUCGGAUAAAAAUUAAUGUUCGACCGAUUUAUAUCAUUUAAGAAAAAACAUUAGAAAUGAAACGAAUAUGUAUCGUGUGUGAUAUUAGUAUUGUAACGUAACGUCUUAAUAGAUAAAUAAAAGUCACACAAAUUAUAUCUAUAUAUUUACAUGGCAAGUAAAUGGCCGUAACGAUAAUACGAAAAUAAUAGCAUCAAAUGAAAGUUUGAUAGUAAAGGAAAAAUCGAUAACCUGAUCCUAUGUGUCGUUCGAUUACUUUUUUAUACAACGAUCGUAAAAACGGUUUACGUCGAAAGAUCAUUAUCACCGUAUUUUGAUAGAAACAUCCAUGUCCGUGAUAUGGUUAUGUUAUCAAAACGUGGCGUUUAAUUAUUAUUUUACAGGAUAAUGCAAUCUCUUCAAACUUAUAAAAUUAAUGUUAAAAAUUGUAAUAUGUAAAUUUUAUGUGUUUUAAUUUACAAUUAUAAAACGCAAUAAAAAUGUGGUCUAUACGUUGUUAUGCCUGCAUUCGCAAUGCGAAACAAAUUUAUGAUAUAAAUACUAAUGCUUUACGCUUUUUGUCGCAAAGUAUUAACAAUAUUGUGGACUAUGAUAAAAAGGUAGAAAAUGUAAAUGAUUCGACUAAUCCCAAUACACGUCCUUUAAUGAUUACAUCUCAAUUUGAGGAACGAGAUUUGAAUGAAAAAACUGAUAACUUAACGAACGAGAUUACACCUGUAGAGAAUCUAAAAGAAAUUCAAUCGAACGUUUCUAACUCAAUUCCAAAAAUAAAACUUGAUGUAGAAGAUUUAGGUAUUUGCGAUGAAAAUAUCAAGUUACCUGAAGCUUUGGACACGUGUACCGAAGAUCUCUCCGACAUUGGACAAUAUCAACUUCCCAGUUAUAAUAUAGCAAAAUAUGCAAAUACCUCAGAUACUAUACAAAGAUUAAUGAAGCUUGGCGUAGAAUUGUAUAAACAUGAGACCAACGUAGAUCUGAUGGAAUUUUUCUUAUCUAAAGACUUUGAAAGGGAUCUAUUCCCAUAUAUAAGGUUCUUACACGAUUGCGGUAUACCCGGUGACUACUUUGGCAAAUUCCUCACCAAAAAUCCAUAUAUCUUUAAACAAGAUAUGGAUGAUCUACAUACAAGAAUAAGAUAUUUGAGAUUUCAUCAAUUUAACAUAGAAAUGAUUAAAGUCAUUCUUUGUAAAAAUCCUACAUGGCUGAAUUAUUCCACAAGGAGUAUAGAUACUAAGCUAGGAUAUUUUCAAGACAAUUUUCGUCUGACCGGACAAGAAGUAAGACAAUUGACUGUAAAAAAUUCCAAAUUAAUAACAUACAAGAUGAGUCAUAUAAUGGAAAAUACAUUUGCUAUAAAAGAAGAAAUGGGUUUCAAUAAGAUCGAAAGCAAAAUUUUAUUAAUGACGCAACCCAGAUUAUGGAUGAAAUGUAGAAAAAAUAUAACGGAUACGUUUGACUAUGCGCAUAAUCAGAUGAAAUUAUCUCAUCAAUUUAUUUUGUCUCAAGCAUACGUCUUGUUAUGCAGAAAACGCAGAUUGGAGCAGAGGCAUAUGUUUUUGGUAAAGUUGGGUAGAGCGCAAUACGAUCCAACUGUACCGUUGUAUGUUUCACUCAAGUCUUUGAUUUGUGGCACGGACGACGAGUUUUGUCAAAAUGUAGCAAAAACAUCCAGCGAUACUUAUGAAUUAUACCUAAAAAGUAUAUAAGUGUUUUACGACUAAUUCAAUUAUUUAAUAAAAAGAAAA